AUGGACCUCCAACAUGACACUUUGACUCCCGCGAGACAGACCUGCGAGGUCAUGGAGGAGCACAAAGCCAACCAUGCCAAGCUGGCCAGCGACGUGCGAGCUCGGGAGGCCAGUCAUGCCACCUUGGCGGAUCGUCUGGGGUAUUUAGAGCAGCGCAUGGGAGACUCCUUGGAGAAGCAUGCUCAGGAGUUGGCGGCGGCGGUGGCAAAAAUGGACGCCAUGCAUGGCCGCGUCUCGGAGGAGCGUGUGGCGCGGGAGGCUCACGUCGCCUCCUUGGAGAGCCUGAAGAAGGCGCAUGGCAGCCUGGCCAGUGAGAAGCAAGCCCUUGAAAAGCACCAUGCCACCCUGGCGGAGCGCAUCGACUACCUGGAGAAGGCGCUGGGCGAUUCCUCUGAGAAACAUACUCGGGAGCUGGAAGCCUUGAAAGCCGCGCAUCAGAAAGUCGUGGCGGAGCACAAGGGGAAGGAACAGAGCCAUGGACAGGUGGCCGAUCGACUCUCACAGUUGCAGAGGGAGAAGGAAGAUCUUCAUGCGCGCCAUAUGUCGCUGGGCGAGCGUGUAGACUACCUGGAGAAGCUACUGGGGGAAAGUGCAGAAAAGCACAUGCAGGAGCUUGAAAAGUUCAAGGCCAAACACGCGAAGGAUUUGGAUGCAAGUGCCAGCAAGUUCCAGAGCCACCAUCUUGGAUUGCAGGAGCGCUUGGAGUAUGUGGAAGGGAAGAUCGGCGAUUCCGCUGAGAAGCACGCGAAGGAGCUGAGCAACAUGCACGCAAAGGUCGAGCAGUUGCACGGGAAGCUGCAAGAGGAGAAGAACCAGCGAGAGGAGAAGUUGGUGCACCUCACGGGACAUGUCCGAGAACAAGUGUCCGGAGAGCAAAAGGUUCGAGAAGACCGGCAUGCAACCAUGGAGGAGCGGUUGAAGUUUGUGGAGAGCCUGGUGGGCGACAAUGCUGACAAGCACCAUAAGGGAUUGGAGGAGCAUGGCAAGGGAGUCAAGGCCUUGCAUGAGAAGCACCUGGGCCUGGCUGAGCGCUUGGACUUCUUGGAGAAGAUGCUGGGAGACUCGGCUGAGAAGCACUCCCAGGAGUUGGCCGCAGCACAUCAGAAGGUGGAGCAGCUCCAUAGCAAGCUCACCGAUCACAAGACCGCCCAAGAGGCGCAUGUGGCGAAGAGUCAGCACCUCAUGGAACGUGAGAAAGUCGCUCGAGAAGGUAGUCAUGCCUCCUUGAUGACACGGCUUGGAGAAUUGGAGGAGCUGCUCACGGGACACUCCAAAGAGCAUGAAAGCCACCGCUCCAGCCACUCCAAAGUGAUGCAGGAGAUCAAGGCUCGUGGCUUGGCGCAUGCUGGCUUGGAGGAACGUGUGGGCUUUUUGGAGAAGAACUUGGGCGAUUCGGCAGACAAGCAUGCUCAAGCGACGAAGGAAGUGCAGCUGGCCCAGACGAAACUUGACCAGGUGCACAGCCGCUUGUCACAGGUGGAGAAGCAUGGUGAGCAGAUUGAUGAGCUUAAGAAAGCUCAUGCCUUCUCGAGCGGUCAUCGGGCCCAGCAGGAGAUGGCCCAUGCCUCCUUAAAGGAGCGCGUGGAGUUCCUGGAGGAAUCCAUUGGGGACAAUGCGGACAAACAUCACAAGGCUCUAGCUGAGAUCAAGGCCCAUCACGUGAAGUUGCAGAGUGACAGCAAGGUCAAAGAGACGCAUCACGAGACGUUGGUGGAGCGCAUCCAAUACCUGGAGAAGGCGAUCGGCGACUCCGCGCACAAGCACACGCAGGAGCUGGCGAAUGCCCACAGCAAGCUGGAAGAUCUACACUCUCGGGUUGCCAAGUGCGAGGUGCACGGGGAACACAUCGAGUCCCUAAAGAAGUCUCAUGCCACCUUGGCCAGCAACAAGGCGGUGGGAGAGGCCUCCAUUGGUGAACGCCUGGAUUAUUUGGAGAAGGCCCUGGGAGACUCCGCGGACCGCCACGCCUUGGAGAUCGCCUCGGCGCACAGCAAGUUGGCAGCCCUUCAUUCCCGCCUGGGGGAUGAAAAGGAGGCGAGAGAACGGCACGCCAACAGCACGGCGGAUCACAUGUCCAAGGAGCGUUCCACUCGCGAGAUGCACCACUCUUCCCUGGAGGAGCGCUUGAGCUAUGUGGAGUCCUUGCUGGGUGAGUCGGUGGACAAGCAGGCCAAGCAGCAUCUGUCGCUGGCCACCAUUGAGAAGCUGAAGGCCGAGACCAGCGAGCUUCGGGAGGCCAUCGGCAACGAACGGCAGCUGCGGAUCCGCCAGGGUGAGGCCAUCACAGAACACCUGGAGUCCGAGAAGAACGCGCGGGAGGCGAGAGCGGACCAGUUCCGGGGACGAGUUCCGGGGCGAGUUCGGGGUGAUCGAGCAGACGGAGAUUGGAACGAACAAUUGGCUGGGUUCAGUGUCGGAUAAGGUUUGGCCUUUGCUGAGAUUCUUCUUUAAUAUGGUGAAGUGAGGGUGUGUGGUCCAUCAACAACAUCGAAGUCAAAGGGCAUUGGAGCUCUAUAAGAUUCUAUAAGUAUCUCAAACACCAAGACCACUGACUCAAGGAGUAUCUCAAUCUCAC